CCGUCAUCAUCAAUAUCAAAACCAUCGGGUUAGUUAACUUUUUGCAUUUCAUCUGAAUAUUUGAUCGGAGAUGACUGACGUUGCCGGAGAAGCUCCCGUGCCCGCUACCACCGUGGAAAAGCCGCUGGAGGAGGUGAAGGCGGCGAAGGCGGCGAAGGAGAAGAAAACUAAGGCUCCGAAAGAGAAGAAGCCGAAACAGGCUAAAACUGCUGCGCAUCCUCCAUAUUUUCAGAUGAUUAAGGAGGCUUUGGUGGCGCUGAACGAGAAAGGAGGAUCGAGCCCUUAUGCUAUAGCGAAGUACAUGGAGGAGAAGCACAAGUCGGUGCUCCCCGCGAAUUUCAAGAAGAUUCUAGGUCUGCAAUUGAAGAACCAAGCCGCGAGAGGAAAACUCGUGAAGAUCAAGGCCUCGUACAAGCUAUCCGAAACCGCAAAGAAAGAGAAGGAGACGAAGGCCAACGCUGAGAAGAAAGAAUCGCGUCCGAAACGUAGCAGUAGAGCAACCACCGCUGCUCCGACGAGCAAGAAAACUGAGGCGGUUAAAAAGGCCGGAAAGAAGGCUGGGCCGAAGAAGACUAAGAAGGUGUCGACUCCCGCGAAGCCCAAACAGCCCAGGUCCAUUCGGUCUCCGUCCAAGAGGGCCCGGAAGGCCACCGUUACUGCCGCUUGAUGUUUGAUAUUUUCCUUUUCUUAGUGAAAGUCUGUAACUGCAUAUAUAGUAGAUAAAAAAAGUUGUGUUGGGUAACUUGCUGCAAAAGCUUGAAGAGAGUCUGUAAGUAUAGAAUGGUUUAAGGGUUAUGUAGUGUUCUCUGUGAUCAAAUGAGGAUCAGUAUUACUGUUUUCAA